AUUUUCCCACAAUUCAUCACGGGGGUGUGUGACGUUGCUAGGGAGGGGAGAGGAAGAAGGUGCUCAACAUCUGAAGCAUAGGUGCUUAAAUUUAACAGAGAGAGUAAAGCCAACCGUGUGAGCGUGCAGGCCUCCUUGCCAAGGAAGGAAAGGUGCCGGGGACCAUGAGUGAGAAUGGCCCUCAUACGGAGGCGCCUAUGUACUUUGAGGUGGAGGUGGGUCCCCUGGGGCGGGAUGAGGAAGAAGAAGGCGUCAAGAUCCACUUCAACAAAGACGACCUGAUUGCUGAACCUUCAUCGUCCACUGGUCGGGUCUAUGACCGCACCACGGUGCUCAUUGAGCGGGACCCAAUUCGGCUGGAUGAGGAGGGUGAAGAGGAGGGUCAUUGUGGAGGGGAUGAAGAUGGAGUCACCUUCCUAACUGAAGGGGAGGGUGAUGGAGAUGAGGAGGAGGGCUCUCUGGCAUUCAUGACCGAUCCAGAUGGGAUGUCCCAGGGUUACGUGCACCACACGAUUUCUCCAGACCAGAUCCAGUUCACAAUUAAUCCUGGCUCCACCCCUAUGCCACGCAACAUAGAGGGGGCGACUCUUACGCUGCACUCUGAGUGCCCAGAGACCAAGCAGAGAGAGGUAAAGCGAUAUCAGUGCAUGUUUGAAGGCUGCACAAGGACGUACAGUACGGCUGGAAACCUGAGGACACACCAGAAGACACACCGGGGCGAGUACACGUUUGUGUGUAAUCAACAGGGAUGUGGAAAGGCCUUUCUCACCUCGUACAGCCUCAAAAUCCAUGUCCGCGUUCACACAAAGGAGAAACCAUUCGAGUGUGAUGUGCAGGGCUGUGAAAAGGCCUUCAACACGCUAUACAGACUAAAAGCACACCAGAGACUUCACACAGGAAAGACAUUCAACUGUGAAUCAGAGGGAUGCACCAAGUACUUUACCACUCUCAGCGACCUGAGGAAGCACAUUCGCACACACACUGGGGAGAAGCCUUUCCGGUGUGAUCACGAUGGAUGUGGCAAAGCCUUUGCUGCAAGUCAUCACCUGAAAACACACGUACGGACGCACACAGGAGAGAAGCCAUUCAACUGUCCCAGUGACGGCUGUGAGAAGACCUUCAGCAGCCAGUACAGUUUGAAGAGUCACAUCCGGGGCCACGACAAAGGACAGCCUUUUACCGUCACUCUCACCCAUCCGCUCUCUGAAGAUGCAAAUCACUCACUGUGCCUCAGUGACUUGAGCCUCAUCUCUACUGACUCGGAGCUACGAGAGAACAUCCACAACGCUCAAAAUCUGGACCUCAGCAACGUGACCCCUGUGAAAAUCUUCGAGCUCAUGUUCCAGAGUCCAGAAAAUAGUGUCAGCCAAGAUGAUGCACAUCCUAAUGAGAGCCUUGCUGAAUCGUUCAGCCUCGAGUCCUCUACCCAACCGGGAGUGACUGAUGGAUCGUCUCUUAUCUCUUUCUCUAUCAAUCCUACCUCCUCGUCUCCCUGUUCCCACUCCACCGCAAUCCUGGAGGCUUCUUCCGAGACCACUCACAGGUCUUCUGCUCAGGCCUCCACCUGUGCCUCUGUCACAGCUACUGUCACAUCCACCCAGCUUACCCCUUUCAUACAGAUCUCAGACGCGCCUCAGGCUUCUGUCCAAGCACCGAACCACGUCAACCCUCAGCCUUAUGUGGCACUGCAACCCACAUUCCUACCGACGGAUAGUGCUAACUGCACAACUCCUCUGGCGCCACCCAACUCUGCUCCUCCACCAGUGUCUCCUGCACUGACCACUGCAACACCAGUCCCUGCAGCUGCUGUAGUCACAGCUACUGCAGCUGAUGCUCUGGCAGCUGUCACUCAACCCGUGCCUUUGGCCAGCAACCCCGUCCCCAACUCUGGCCCCGGUGUGGCUCCCGCUCCUGCCACCAUCACUAUAGCGCCCACCCAGAACCUGCUGCAGCCCAGCCUGGUCAUGUCUGACCAGAACCUGCAGUGGAUCCUCAGCAGUGCUGCCAACAGCCAGCAGAGUCCAGAUCAAGCAGCACACCAAGGAGGUCCCAAAGUGGAAAAGGUUUUCUUCACUACAGCCAUACCAGUGGGAGGGAAUGCUGGCAACUCGGUCCAACAGAUUGGCCUCAGCCUGCCGGUCAUCAUCAUCAAACAGGAGGAAUCCUGCCAGUGCCAGUGCGCCUGCAGGGACUCUGCUAAAGAGAAGAGUGCAAAGAGUGCCUCCUCCAUUGUUUCAGCCCCAGCACCACAGCAGCCAUCAGAGCCCCCUCCUCCAUCGCUACCAGAACCUCCACCCCAACCCUCCCCUUCACCUUCCUCAUGCUGCCUCCCCAAGUCUUCCUCCAGCGUGGGCGAGGUGAGCCUGGAGGCCCCCUCUUCUUCUUCUUCCUCCUCCUCCACAGUUCAGACUUUCUCAACGAUAGAGAGCAGCACUGCCACCAACCCGCCCUCAUCUGACGGGUUAGCGAGCAUGGACGUCUCGGACUUCCUCUCCCUGCAGAGCCCUGAGACAGCAGCCAACAUCGAGGCUCUGCUCUUGGUCGCAGAUGACUUCAACAUGGCCACUGAUGGCAAUCCUUAGAAGAGCUGCCUUCUGAGUCUGGCGCCAUGUGUUUGUCUGUUGCACCCACUCAUCCACAAGCAUCGAUUCCACCUGCGCCUCCAGUCACUCUCCAAAGUCAUGCCUCUUCUUUUUCUCUAUAUAUAGUGGUGUGUGCAUCGAACCUCUAUCUUCUGUGUUGAGUCACUUUGCAGUAGUUGAGUUUCUGGCAACAGGAUUGCUUAUUGAGAUUUUGCAGCAUCGACGCAAAUUUAGUGCAGGGAAAAGGCAGUUGAUCCUUUGCUAAAACAUAAACUGUAUAUAAUAAUUCUCGAGAUGCCCUCUUUGAAUUGACUGAAUGAAACGAGUGUUGUCUAAGCACUGAUAACUUAAGAGUUCCAUUGUCCUGGCUUGAAGGUCGCACACCUGUGCCAGAAAACAAAACUUUUCUGUAUAUCCUUGUACUGUACUACAGGUCCUAACUAAUGCUUAAUGCUGGUAUGCAACUGACCAGAAUGCACUGUAUAUUAGAGGAAUUUGCUUUCAUUUUAAUCAAGCAUUGCUCCCAGCAAGAAUUUAAAGGGGUCAGCCACACAGCCCCUCCUAUUACUGGCUGUCAUGUGACAUUGAGUGAUUUCCUCAGUUUGUUUUCUUGGAAGACUAGUUUAGUCCACGAAAUGUGAUUAUUAUUUUCUACUUGUUUUGUUUUGACAGCUAUUUACUAAUUGAAAAGUGAACCUGUGAUCACAUCUGCCUGUCUCUUAAACGACAUUGAGUUGAUACAUCAAUAAGUUGCCUAUAACUUAAACUAACUUAAAAUUGUAAAUGUUAAUUUAUUUAAAUGCUUGAUUAUUUCAUUAUACUGGUAAUGCUAUUAUCCUUUGAGAUAGCAAAAAGAAAAGUCUAUUUUUAAUUUAUUCCGAUCACUUGUUGUAUUUUGAGUUGCUUGUUACUGAAAUGCUUUCCUUUUUAACGUAAUGGGUUUUGCUAAAAGCAAGUUUAGGAAAAGCGCUUCUAACAUUCUGCACAGUGAAGCCAGUUAUCCUCUAGGAUCUGCUCAUUUGGAAACAUUGUCCACAAUUUAACAGUAACCAACUACUGUCAACAUCCCAUGUGUUUUUAGGGUUGUGACCCUCUCAGGGAUGCAUCAAGUCAUAACUAUCCUGGUUCCCUUAAUUAAUUUGUCUCUCAGACAUGCGUUUUCCUUAUCAGACAGCCCACACUUGCAGUAGCCCUACGUUUUGCUGCACUCUUCCCUGUUUAUUGCACACUAACUCAUAAAGUGAGUAAUUUGACAGCUCCUUAGCUGAGAUGUGGCACCACUACAGACUUUUUUGUAUACAACUGCUGUAAAGUAGCAUUUAAAAGAUGGUGUCUUGGUGACCGUGUAAAUAUAGUACAAUUUAGUGUAAACAUCUUUGAGAAACCUGUAGAUUAUUCUAGAAUUUGUAUUUUUGUAUAGACUUUUGAAUUACUAACUUUCAGAGUUCGGAGCUAAUGUAUUCCCUGUUCUUGCAUCCUUCCCCUCUGUCACAUUUAUGCAGAAGAGUUUUUUUUUCUGUUGUUGUUGAAUAGUUCUACAAGCAAGCUGGGCCUCCUGUACAGUCCCCAUAGUAACAGAAUAUAUAACACCUGCUCAGAGUAUAAUUUAACAGUAUUGCUUCUCGUGGGACACAAUGCAAUAGUGACAGAGCAAAGACAUAAACACGCUCCUCUUCACGUGCUCUAGCGCUCAUUUGAGGCAGAAGCUUCGAGACAGAAAGGCUUAUGGUAGUCCUUUGUUUCCUCCACAAGUCUUUAAUGGAUAUAGCAUUGCUAAAACACGUAAUCAAGUACAUAAGAUGAUGUGAUUCUGUAUUUUAAUUCCAAUGGUUGUAGGAUCAAACCAAACAGGUGUUUCACUUAAAUCUGGCGUAGUUUUAAUUUGGUCCUUUUGUGCCAUACUUUACAUAAGGAAGCCUUCAAGUCAGAGGUGUCAAAAUGGUAGAUGUGUCGCUGAAGGCCCCAGUCACACAUUCUAUGAUUCAAAUAAUUCCAUGCAUGCAGUGUUGGACAUCAACAGUGUUUAGGUCUGAAGUUGACUCCAUUGGAUUACAAUAAGUCACCAAAACAUUACUGCAGGAGUCAAGCACAUCUCCUUCAUGCAUACCGUCAAUGAACACAACUAUGCAAUUUUAAGUGUGGCAUUCACGAGGUUAAGGUUAUUUAUGCCUCCUUUCAAACGUGGGAUAAGUUUCCAGUGUAUUCAUAUUAAGCAUUCUUCUUGAACUCCGGUAUGUUGCAUUUCAUCAUUUUACAUUGACGUGGUGUGAAUCUGGACUUGGUUGUGCAUCCAUCGAGUACUGUUCCCAUGAACAUUGCACCAUAGCUAUCCUCUAACAAGCCUCCGAGGUAACUGGUUUAAAACCAACUGGAUUUUUGCGAGGGAGUAUUUGAAUGGUUCUGUUUUAAGAAUUGUUUUGGUCAAAUAUACGCAGCUUUUUUUUUGUUUUUCCUCCUCUCUUCAAAGACUUUAUAUAUGUGAAUGUUUAUUUGGACUCCACUUAUGUGAUCAUCUCAAGCCUUUCACGUCCUUAGAUAUGACAUGUGGAUUAUUUGUCAGCUUUCAUCUUCAGUGAAACCAACUGCUGCCAAUUUUUGUUUGAAUCAUUUAGCAGAGGAUUUUUGAGCCAGGUUUGUCCCGUGAAAUAAGCAAAUCAAUGAUGGGGACGUUUGUUUGGAAGCAGAUUGUUUGAUCACAAAUGUAAAGCCUGAUUUCAAAUUCCAUGACAGGUUUUCAAAAUGGGCAAUAUUCCUUACUCAAACAAAAGAACCGACAUGCUUCUAAAGGAAUGUCUUGACACCCAAAGAGUGAGGAAUUGUUUAAGGAUUUGUAUUUUUAAAAGAAUGUAUAAUGUGAAAAUGUUUGCUUAUGCUUGUUUCGUAUAAAGUAUUAAGAUAAAUACCUUUCUGAAUUGAGAGCAAUAUACUAAUAAAACCUUAUCCUCGUCACUGAAA